GAUACAAAGUGGCCCAUAGAAGAUUAUUAACUUACACAACUUCCUCUCUUCUAAAUAUAUACUCUUCUUCUGCUUCACAUCUGACCUUGUACUUCUACUUUAUUUCUUUUUUCCCUUGGUCAUUUCAUUUCUUUCUCGUACUCACUCUAUAGUCACGCUUGCGAUAUCUAUUUGGCCUCUUUUCCUUCAUAUAACGAAUUUCUUCCUAUUAUUUCGUCUCUCGUGUUUUGGGUCUUGAGUUUUCAAUUUCUUUCCAUUAUAUCACUUCCAAUACCUUCUUGCUGAAGUAUCUUUUCAACAUGAAGCUUUUCACUGCCUUUUCUCGAGUUCUACUCUUUGCAGCCAGUACAUCAGCACGCAUCGUCCCGCGGUCAAAUACUACUCUCUCACAAGAAACAAGCCGGGGCUUCAAAGUAGCUGGUGAGUCUCCAAACGAUAUGAAGUCUCUCCGAAAAGUUUAACGAACCCACCAGCAGCGGCCUCCGCAAUAGACCUCAGCACCAUACAACCAUCACCCUCACUCCCCACCGUCACAGUCACCCUCGUCUCCGCAUCCCAAUUCCCCACCAUAACACCAUCACCCACCAUGCAUCUCUACUGCACCAAUCCAUCCCCCGAAGACGGCGACGGAAUCUGCACCUGCAACAUCGGAGUCCACACAACAACCAUCACACCCCCAGGCGGACCAGGAAACGCCUGUCCACGCUCCAUUUCCGUUCCUGAAUCCGCACAGAGCAUGAACGCUCAGAUCCUAGCAACGUCAACACGAAGUUCACCGCCUGGGGUCACGGAUGCCCCAGCUUUGAGCUGUUCAAAUAAUAGUUUGGAGAAUAGCGAUGGGCUUUGUACUUGUAAUGCUGCGGGUGUGACGGCUACGUUGACGCCUGUGGGAGGGAGGGGAGCUCCUUGUCCGAAGACGAUGAGUUGAUAUAGUCUGGCCGGGUUAAUGGAUUCGAGGUAAUGGUGUCUAAUUUCAUGUGUUAUGAAGUGCGAUUUAUGAUGGGAUGGAAAAGUAUGUGUUGGGAGUUUUGAGCGUUCAUGUUUGUUUGUAGCUGAGGGAGACAAUGAUACCGUUUUGCUUUUCUUCACUUUAGCGAGUCUGUCGUAUUCUUCG